AUGUACUUGAAGCCAACGAAAAAGAUGAAGACCGCAUGCUAUAGUUUGUCGGAGAUUCUUCGAAUUCACGAUCUUAAAGUCAUAUAAUUCACAGCAAAUAUAGCAACACAUAUCUCAAUUCGUAUUUCUUAAAGCUACGAAACGCGCAUUGAGUUUGGGGCGAUAUCUGAAGUGAAGAUUGAAGACGUGAUAGAAGAUGGACGACUACUGCUAUGCUAAGAUGGCGACGUCAUAUAAAAUAGAACAUUCCAGCAAAUCACCAACGGAGACAAAGAUGAAAGAUGAAGACGUCCAGCAGCUGAUGGGUAAUCCAGAAGAAGUUUCCCCUCAGUCAGGGGGGAGCUCCACUUUGAAGCAGGAGACUCCACAACCACCCUGCAUUAAAAAGGAAGAGGAGGAACUCUGCAUCACUCAGGAGGGAGAGUGUCUUCUAGGACGAGAGGAAGCUGAUUACACCAAGUUUCCACUGACUGUUGUCUCUGUGAAGACUGAAGAUGAUGAAGAGAAACCACAAGUAGACAACCUCUUAGCUCCACUAUCAGAUAGUGAGGCUGAAGAGGAGGUUGAAGAACCUUUGAGCAGCGAUACAGACUGUGAAGGUGAUAUGAGGACUCACACUGACAACAAACACUCGGAAUGCUCAACAAAGAAGAAUGGUAACAAAUGUUUGAGCUGCUCAGUUUGUGGAGAAAGUUUUACCAAAAAAAGCCAUUUGACUCAACACAUGAAAACACACACUGGAGAAAAAAUAUUUAGUUGUUCAGUUUGUGGCAAAAACUUUUCUAAAAAUGGCCAAUUGACUCGACACAUGAGAACACACACAGGAGAAAAAACAUUUAUUUGUUCAGUUUGUGGCGUAAGCUUUUUUCAAAAUAGCAAUUUGACUGGACACAUGAGAACACACACUGGAGAAAAACCAUUUAAUUGUUCAAUUUGUGGGAAAAGCUUUUCUGUUAAGAGGACUUUGACUGAACACAUGAGAACACACACAGGAGAAAAACUAUUUAAAUGUUCAGUUUGUAACAAAAGAUUUUCUCGAAAUAGCUCUUUGACUGAACACAUGAGAAUGCACACAGGUGAAAAACCAUGUAUUUGUUCAAUUUGUGGCAGAAGCUUUUCUCAAAAUAGUAUUUUGACUCAACACAUGAGAACACACACAGGAGAAAAAACAUUUAAUUGUUCAGUUUGUGACAAAAGCUUUUCUCGAAAUAGCUCUUUGACUGAACACAUGAGAACACACACAGGUGAAAAGUCAUUUAAAUGUUCAGUUUGUGGCAAAAGCUUUUCUCUAAAUAGCCAUGUGACUCAUCACAUGAGAACACACACAGGUGAAAAACCAUUUAGUUGUUCAGUGUGCGGCAAAAGCUUUUCUCAAAAUGGCUCAUUGUGUCGACACGUGAGAACACACACAGGUGAAAAACCAUAUAAUUGUUCAGUUUGUGGCAAAAGCUUUCCUAAUAAUAGCUCAUUGUGUCGACACAUGAGAACACACGCUGGAGAAAAACCGUUUAGUUGUUCAGUGUGCUGUAAAAGAUUCCAACAUAACGCAGACGCAGUAAAACACUCAAGAACACACGAGGGAAAAUAAGCAAUUAGCUGUUUAGUUUGUGGUAUGUUGCUCAUAUGUGGCGACAUCCACCCUACCCAGGACCUCCUCACUGCUUCUUUCACAAAUAUCUGAGGUAUUCAUACAAACUUGGAUUAUUUGAAGUAUAAUCUUAUCCACUCAUGACCCCAUGUCUUCUGUGUAUCUGAAACCUUCCUGAACAGUAAAAUAGAUGAUUUAUUCUGUGUUAUAUGUGUCUUAUGUUGCAGGAUUGCACCAAGAAAAAUUCCUAGUUUGUGAACCCGCUCUCAAACAAUGGCAAUAAAAACUAUUCUGAUUCUGA